CCUGAAAAUUGGCCGCCGGCCGUCCACCGAUGUAAUCGUCCGGCUGGGCGGCUGAUUUUCCACCUGUUUUCUAUCGGGACCGUCGACGGGAAACGCGCUUUUCACGAAUCAGUCGUAUAUUUCGCGCCGUUCGUGUUGGACGUGGAUUCGCCAAGCAGCAUUAUUCGGGCUUUUACUUGGGGUUAGCUUUGUGAAGUCCUCUGGUAUUGUAAAGUUUCCAAAGUGAGAGUUGUUCUUCCGGGUGGAGCGCGUGGAUCACGAGUUCUGGUUUUUGUUAUGCUGUAACAAAGUCCAGGUUUGGACAAGUGUCGAGUUGGGUGUGCCCUGUUGGUGUGAGACGCGGACCGGUUUUUUAUGAUCGGAAGAUUAUAAGAAUUUCCAGACGGUUUCUUGUGCUGCAAGAGCGCGUGAUUGAUUUACGACGGGCAGAGUUCUUCGCAGUAAAUCGUUCAAUUCAAUAGAGCAACGAAUCGAGACAGCAGAAGUCCAAACAGCCAAAGCAAGAAACUGUUCUCACGUGCGUUCAAGUUGUCCCGCUCGGUGAAAGAUUUAGGGACCGCCCCUUGGAGCGCGCGGUCUUUUUACGAAGUGAGUGUGUUUAUGUGCUUCACCUAUCAACUGUGAGCCCGCCGGGAGCGCGAAGAAUUUCUAACGCCCAGUCAGUGGGUGUGUGAAAGGAAAACCCGAAAUUGGUGAAUCACGUUAUAUUGAGAAAUAAAUGUAAUUGUGUAAUUGCAAAACAACAUUUGAGCAGCAGUAGAGUGAAGUGUAAUGUUUUAAAGCUAAUUAGGGGAAAGUGUUGAAACGGCUUAGAACAGACGCUGCAUUGUGAAUCUGAUGAAGAAAGUGUUAUGAAGCAGUAGUUCACCUUCCAUCUGCAUCAACAACGUACAAACAAAUAUUUAAAUUUGACUAAAUAAAACAACAGAGCGAAAAAGGCGCAAAUCAACGCAGAACUUUCGUUCUUAACGACCGACUACAACAAAAUAAUAAAGUAUCAGAGCAAGCAUUGAAGUUGCCUCAAGCCAAUUCAAAGGACCCAGAGAAUAAAAGAUUACGCCGCCACGAUGAAGAUGUCAAAGUUAUCCAAUCAAACCAAUUCGCAAGAUCCGCAGGCAGUGAACUCGCGAGUGUUUGUCGGCAAUUUGAACACCUUUCAGUGCUCCAAGACGGACGUCGAACGGAUGUUUCAACGCUACGGACGUUUGGCAGGAAUAUCAAUGCACAAGGGUUAUGCUUUCGUACAGUUCACGAACCCUUUCGAUGCACGCAAUGCCUGCCACGGUGAAGACGGGCGAACAGUCCUCAGCCAAACGUUAGACGUCAACAUGGUAGCCGAACCGAAACCACAUCAAACGGGCAGAAAGCGACAGAACAAAUCCAAAACCGGAAAUGAUUGGGACUACUACUAUGACAGUUACUACGCAUCGACACUUUUCGGGCCGAUCCAGCAACAGCCCUCGUCCCAGCCCCGGCCCAUGAAGCGACAACGAUUGAUGCCACCGAGCCGGCUGCCUUUGACAAGCAAAAUGAAUGGUGCCGGAAUGUUGGCCGCAGCAGGGCCUCAGGUAGGCCAACAGCAAUCACAGCACCCCACACAGCAGCAGCUUCAGCUGGCAGCCGUGGCAGCAACAAGUCCUUCGGCAGCAGCCGCAGCAGCGGUGGCCGCCGGGCUAGGGAGCUACUACGGUAACGGGAACGGAUCAUUAGUCGUGAAUGGGCUGAGCAAUGGGUGCCUCACCAGCAAUGGAUACAUAAACAACAAUAGCUACCUGCUGAAUGGGGACGUCAAUGGAAGCAUGUCCAGCUACACCAAUGGGCAGCACGUCGUUGGACCGUUUAAAGUAUACAGUAACCCAGACACACUGAUUUGUGGCAAUUGUCGGGAAAUGUUCACGGAUUUGACCGAGCUGCUGGAUCACAAGAAAUCCUACUGCAAGCUUCGGUUUACCUGCAAGUGCGUUUCUCCCCUAACCGUCAACAAAACCAAAACCAAUCCCCCAUCAGCGAAACUGCUCUGCGUGGCGUGCAAAGAUUCCUUUUCCAACCCGUGGGAUUUGAUGGUGCAUGCCCAGGCGGCGCACAUGGUGAACAUCUACGAACUGGGCGACUCUUCCGACGAAGAUAAAGCUUCUUCCAUGAGUUCGGAUUCCCUGGCAGAUCCCUGUGCCACCGAAUCCAGCUCCUCCAAGCGAUUGACCAACGGUAGCGAUAAGAGCGCAGAAACCAACGGAGUGCAUCCUGAAGAGGCCAGAGACCAUCAUGUGAAGGACAAGUCACCGGAGGAGAACAAGAACAUCGACGUUGGAUCCGGUAGUAACGGUCUAAAAGGAGCUUCAUCCACUGAAGACAUCCACACGGUGGAAAACGGCCCUUUGUCAGCAAAGGCCAACGGUCACUCGACGCCCUGCAACGAUUCAUCAAGUUCGAUUAUUUCGCCGCCGCUACAACAAGUCAACAACGGCGGCACAGAUUUGCAACCAACACGUGCCUGCAUCAUGACUGCCCUCAGCAUAGAUACCAAAUCAAACCCCGACGCUUCCGUUGCUCUCAAGAUGGUAACAUCGUCGCUUGGAAUUUCGCUGACAAACGGAGCAACUGUCACGGCGGCUACCCAGUAAACCCAUUUUUGUGGAAAGCAUGCAGUAGGUAUCCUUUGAGUUAAACUCCACAUUCAAUAAUAUUCGAUGAAAGAUACAGCUGCAGAGAUAAAUGCCUAGAUACAGCAGUGCUGCAUGCAUUGAAAAGGAGUGCUGUUUAUACGAGUUCGACUUUCCCUCAUUACUUAAAAAUGUGUAAAUUAAAAGUAAUAAUUAUUUCUGUUUCUCUACUAUUAUUAUGGAACUAACCCAGAUCUAGGGAUAUUAUUGUACAACUAUUAACCCAGCGUAUUAAAAACAUAAAACAACAGAUCAGCUGUUCUUCUAAAAAGUAAUCGAAAAGUAUUUCUCACCCACCACUGAGGAACAAUACUGGUGAUGGAGAUUGGGUUUUAUUGAAACCGUAAAAACAGACAAAUUAAGAGCUUAUGGUCAACUUCGUUGAGUGGUAGUAUUUUUGCAGAUAAUAUUUUAAGAUGUUCCGUUGAUUUUAGAAUCGACGGAGACAGUAAAGUUAUUCAAGAUAAGGUAGUUAGGAAAAAAAUUAUAAAAUUAAUCUAAAUGAUUUGUUGUUAUUGAAAACCGUACUGUACUGACCAAUCGUUUGAAACCUGUAAAGCCAGUCGAUUUCACUGGAAAUCUGUAAAUGAAACAAUUUUGUACAUAUCAAAACAGCGAACGAAACAGAAGGAACCUGGUACUGCGAUCGGAAUGUGGAACGUAACUUAUGUAUCCUAAAUAGAUGAAAUGAAGAUAUUUAUCAAUUGAAAUUACAAUGUCUUCUAGUUAAAAGAUGUAAAUAGUAUAAUCUAUACAGAAAAGGACUAUCAAUCGAAAUCCAAAAAAUUGCAUGUAAAAAGAAACAGAAACAAACAUAAUCAAAAUCAAACUGAGUGUCUAUCUAAUGAGUUAAAAUUGCGUUCUGCUUUUCGUAGUCCCUAUCAUUAAAACGGCAUAGUGUGACUUGCCCAUCAUCUUCCAGUAAAUAUCACUUCGACAGGCUACAAAGAAUAUCAAUUAAACAACAUGCUAAUGCAGAGAGUAUCUAUAUGCUUCCGUAUCAACUCCAACCCCACUAAUUGGUUAUGACUUGUCACACAUACUCACAAUCACUUAUCCAGCGUUGAAUAGAUUCAGUUACGAGUAGUUCAAUUAGAUCCCCGCUGACAGGUGUCAUUGUACGCCACACCCGAAUCGGUCAGUCCGCAUUAUUAGCCAGGCACAUACACUUUCUUAUCCCGCUCACGUCUGUACGGUUUAUAUAUCUAUUUAUCCAUAUCUAGCUCUCUAUAGAAAUCAACUUACACAGCCAAGCUGCGAUUCGAUUAAAAAUUAAUGAUUUCCGGUCCAAAUCCCCCACUUCGGUCCAGACGACGACGGUCCGGCUGUCACUCAACAUGCCACAGAGCAAGCAACAUCAGAGUGGAGCGCAAGAGGCACGCACCCAACCCGAGAGCCGCUAAUUGAUAGGGAAAAGUCAAACCGAACCGAAUUAGAGAUUCAUUAAUUUUGAUGAGUUUUGUGCAAUUGGUCGCGCCGCCGCUGCGCUCUUUCGGGCGACACUUGGCUGCCAGGGGUACGAGCGGGACAAGACUGGUGAGUGAGUACUCUGAGGGGGUACUGAGGACCGGUAAAUAAAAUCUACAUAUUUAUUGUGUUAACGUAUUGUUAUGAUUAUCGCUUAACUGCCCUAGGGUUUACUGCGUUUGUGAGCGCAAACAUAGUCGUACAGCUUAUGGCCGACAGGUACUCACAGCUUAGUUUAUCGCUUUAUCAAUAAGUUGAGGUGAUUAUGAAAAUUGGUAGUAUUAACUGACUGGAUGCUACGUAUCAAAUGGUAUGGUUUGAAGUGAUGAGAGAAGAUAAAUUAAUAUGUUUCGUUAUGAAUUGCUUUCACUGUGUUUCAAUUGUAUUUGUUAUUCUGUUUCAUACUAGUAUCUAACUAUUAAAAAUUGUCUUUUAGUUUACCCUUGUAAUAGGCCAAAUAAAUCAGGCCAAAAUGUCGGGCAAUGCAAAUUUGAUCUUUUGGAUUCCCUAGACUAAGAACGCCAGAAUCUCCAUAGCAAUCUCCAAAAUCACUCUGCACUUCCCGUCGAAUCAUACGUAUUGUCGACUCCUUUUCACGUACACGAUAAUGCUCUCGGCUGCAUCGCUGAUGACUGCUUUUAGAGGAAAGUGGGGCAAUAUGCCAUUUUUCAAACUUUCAUCGUUUUCAAUGACAAAUAGCCUCAUUUCGUAAGCAUUCAAAGUGGUAACAGCAACUAGACAAAAUUUGCUUGAUAUUUCAGCAAAAAUAUUCACUAAACUAGUGCAUUUUCAUCGAUUUUUAGCCAUUUGAAAAACUGGUCCGUAAAACGGAAAUGGUGCAAAAAGGCCGCCUGCCAUGGGGUAAAAUACCACUUCAUGAAAACAUUCAAAAAUUACGUCCAACAUUUUUCGGGAAUUUCCGACUCCUUUCCCUCCCUCUGUCCACAUCUAUCGUAUACUCAAUACAUGGAGCGACAUCCCCCUUCCCGCGGAACGAUGGUCUUCAUAUUUGAAUGACCCCUAACAUGGAUAGUGUAGACAUCAACAACCAUGCGUUUCCAUGUGUGUCUCAAUCUCCUUGGAAACACAUGGCAGGUAAUAAAAUCACCAAAAAAAACCUUAGUUGCAAGCACGAAAAACCGUAAGUUGCCAAUUUUCAUGGGGAAAUCAAAAGAUUUUCCGUGGGUUUGGCGGCCAGACUUUUAGAAAAAUGUUUUCCUUCAGAGGAUCGAGGAAACACUCUCGUCGGAAACGCUGCCUUGAAAUUCUGUGCGUAUGCUGAGGCGACAUCCGGUUGCUUUAGUCGCUGCAGGCUGUACCGUGGCGGUCGCCGAUACCGCACAUGUUGAUGAUGGAAUGUUUUGGGUACAGUUUGGCCAUCACCAGGUUGUGGUCGGAGUCGAUGUUAGCGCCGCGACGUCCUGACGUCGAUAAUGUCGGAGACGUGUCGCCCGUUAAUCAGAACGUGGUCGGUUUGAGGGUUUUUUUCUGCAGUGGUAGAAGCGGCGAAAUCAUUGAACCGUAGGCCGUCUUCGUACGUCAGUUGGUGAGCGUUGAACUUUCCCAUCGUCGAUCUGAAUUCCUCCUCCUGGCCUACCUGAGUAUUCGCGUUCGAGCUGCGCGUAAAAUGCGCCCUUGUCACGCUGAAGUUGAAGAAUCGGGUCUUGAUCCUCAUCUUGAUCCUGAUCGUCGAUCAGCCACCAAUCGAACGCGCGCCUUUGCGGCUGACACCAACCCCCUACUUCUAGAGGGCACAGUUGAGCUUAGAGUCCAUCCCCGGCACUCGGCCGUCGAUCAGCCGCCCCUAACAUGGGGAUCAGACGCUGGUGUGAGCUGUUCCUCCUAGAGAACGAACGCUCAGGUCAGCCUACGACUAAAGCUCCCACCGGGGUUGGUUACCUGAUCUUCCUUAGGAUUGCUCGCAGCUCAGCCGGUGCCAUGUGGAGAUAGGGAUAGGAGUUGAAAUACUUCGUGUUGUAAUUCCUAGAGGUUUCUUUGGAAAAACCUCUGAAUUUUUUUUAGAGGGAAUCUCUGGAGAAACUCCAUAAGAAAUUCCUGGAGAUUUCUUCGAGAAUUUCUAAGAACUUUGAAAAAACUUUUAAAGGGAUCCCAGGAGGAGUUCGUGAAGAGCCUGAUAUAAUUCUCAAAUAAAAACCUAGUAGAAUUUCUGAAGAAACCUACCGAAAAAUCACCAAAAGAAUCCUUGGAGGAGUUUCUGAAAAAAAAAAUCUUGUAAGAGUAUUAAAUGGAACCCCCGAAGGAAUUUUCUACAGAAUUUCAUGAAUAAUUUCUGAAGAAAUUGCUACGCCGACAACUUUCAUAAAAAUAAAUCCUGAAAGAUUAAAAAAAUCAUGGUAAAAUUUCAAAAAUACUCAUGGAGAAAUUUCUGUAUUAAUUCCUUAAUGAAGUUCCGAUGCUAUCCUUGGUAGAAUUUCUAGAAGAACCCCAAGAGUGUACACAGGAAUCAAUACAGGUAUAUCAGUGAAGGAUUUUCUUAAGAAAUCCCUAGUAUAAUAUUUGAAACAUGUUUUGGAUAAAUUUCUGAAGAAUUAAUGAAUUUCCGAUUUUCUAGAGAAAUCGUUUAAGGGAUUCAUGAAUAUUCUAUGGCAGAAUUUCUGAGGAAGUCAAUGGCAGACAACAGCGUAGCAAAAUUUUCUUUUUUUUCUCACUCUCUAAAACAAACACGAGAAACAAUGGGAUAAAACAAGGGGCGAAUGCCCCCUCUCUCCAUCCUUCGCUUACUCAUGUUUGUUUAGGAGUGUUAGCAAGAAAAAAUAAACGGCUGGCUACGCCGUUGACGCAGGCUUUGUGAAAAAUCCGUGGGAUUUUUGUUUUUUUUUUGUCUUGAAGUCCCUGGAGAAUUUUUGAAAACAAUUCACUGCUGCAAUGCACAAUGUUUUAAAGAAGUUCUUGGGAACUUUUCUGAAAGAAUCUUUUGCGGAGUUUCGGAUAAAAUCUAUGAUGGAUUUUUUUUAAAGAAGAAUAAUUGUUUUAUAAAAUCUCUGAAAGUAUUUAGACGGGAAAAUAUCUGAAGAAUCACCGUAAAAACAGCUUUGGAAAAAUAUUCAGUUGAACGAUUCCUGGAGGAUUUUUAAUAAAAAAAAUGAAAUUCAUCAGAAAAAAUCGAAGUGAUCUCUAGAGGAUUUUCUUGUGAAAUCUCAUUAGGGAUUACUGUGGAUAUUAAUGGAAAAAAUUCUGAAGCUAUCCAUGUUAAUUUUCCCAAAAGAAUUCUUCGGAAAGAUUCUGGAUGCAUUCAUAAUGAAAUUUCCUGAAGUGAUUAUGAAUACCAGGAGUAAUUCCUAUGGCAAUUCUUGAAUAAAUCAUUGAUAAAUUUAUGGGAGUAAUUAAAGGGAGAACCAAAGGAAAAUAGUGGAAAGAAUUUUUAGAGAAAGAAAGAAGUUUUUAGAAAAAUUUCUAAAAAAAAAGUCAAAGGAUCUCGUGAAACGAGUCCAAAUCAAAUUAAACGACUUUUAUGGUUAUUUCAUUCAAGAUUUGGUCUAAUUCUGUUAUACAACCCGAGCAGAAGGGAAUACCUUACAGAUAGCUUGCGAAGAUCGUCCUAUGGUAUAAGACCUAAAAAAGUUAUUGCUCUGCUGUUCUACGAUAGAAGGACAUCACAAUAACAAUUUAAAGUACUUGAUUAGUAUUGAUGAAGUAUUAGUUGAUUUACAGUUUAGGUACUACAUCAUAGAGCUAUCCAACAAAGGUACAAUUGAAUAACAUGAAAUGUAAUUACUUUGUUCUUCAAUACCAACUGCAUAACAAAUACAGCACUUCAAAUUUUAGAUAUGCAUUUAUUACUGAAAUAACAGGACUUGUUAAUUUCGAGGUGUUAUUUAUACAAAAUUAUUACCACCUAACAAAGGGCAUAUUGAGGUAUGGUGGUAUUCAGGAUUAAUACCUUGAUAAGUUAUUUAGUUGUUAUACUUUUCUGCUCGAGAACCGUACACAGCGAGAAGCUGAGCAAUGAUUACAAUUAUGAGUCAACUUAUGCAUGAUUUUUUCGACGAUGAGUUUGGCGAAUCAAGCAUCUUGCAAGAAAAAACUCAACUAUGAAUUGAGAAACUGAAUAUUUAUCAAUACUUCUUAUGCUUAAUAGUAUCGAGGUAUACUUGAUGAAACUUAUGAAAUGAUAAGAAAUGUAUACUAAUCUUUAGAGGGAACAUAAUUAAAAAAUAAUGUAUCGAAAUGCCCACAAUAUCCUUCAGUAUAUUUUCCGAAUGUAUUAUUAAGGUUGAAAUUUCUCUAGGUUGCCAUUUUUCAUUCCUUUUGCAUCACGUUGGCAGUAGCUUGCUGACGUUGACGUAGUGUACGGUUUGGGUAAAAACUUACCCUAAUGCCAAAGGAGGGUUGAAAAUCAUACAUGAUACAACUGCUGUUUUCGAUACAAAAAAAAACGUCAAAUAUAGGAGAAGGUCGGGUAAUAUGCACCCCCUAAGCAAACGAGGCCCUAUAACUAAGAUUAAGAUGAUUUUGUGGGUGUCUUGCGUGAUGGAAAGUUAGUUUACCUAUUUAACUAAAAGAUGCCAACUUUUGGACCGCGAGAUAUCAAUUUUACCGAAUCAAAUUAUCAAUUUAAAAAAGUACUACGUUUUGGGUGCUGGAAAACUGUUGUGGACAAAACGGACCUGGUGGGGUGGGGCAAUACGACCUCGGCAUUUCCCGCUUUGAAUUCUAAUAAAAUACCAGGCGGCUCCAUCUUACUAUUUACAGCAGCAAAUGGAAGGUAGAAGGCAGAUGGUAGUUACUAGGCUGAUUUCAUAUAACCGGCGCGCAAUCGCUUAAAUUGCGUGCGCUUCAAAUUAGAUAAUCAUUCCAAAUGUGGAAAACCAUCGUUUUCCACGCUUUUCAUUUGAAUAAUCCUGUCAUUAUUGGGCGCAAUUUUACGUCUACUUUGCUUGCAUCUGACAGAACUUCACUUAUAUAGUGAAAUAACGUGAAAGCGUUUUGCCCCGGGGGUGCGUAUUACCCCAGGUAAACCUAAGCACAGCCCCCACACAACUUCUCUAUCAAUUAGUAAAAGAUAUGAUUUUUUUUUUGUGAAUUCCCAUUGUUACUCAACACUUAAAAGAAAUAGAGCUUCUCUAGUUUUCACUUCAUAUUCACUUCAUACCAUGCCAAAUGAUGCGACACUCCGGCCAGAAACGGCACGAGUGCCACGAAGCCAUAAAUUA